AUGGACUUCGAUCCGGUGAACCGAGACGCACCUGCUCCUCGCUACGAACUCGAGUCAGGAUCCGAAGACGAAUUCGACCAUGACGGUGUGGCUACCAAGAUUCAAGGGCAGCUCGUACUGAGUGCGACUGAAGCCGGCUCAUCUUCCACUCUGCAGCAAGGAAACCCGCUUGUGGUGUUGGUCCGGAAUGCAGGAGCAGCUUUCCUGUCCUCCCUUCAAGGUCACAGGUUGGAGCAGCGAUACUCUCUACGCGCGGACUCGGAACAGCACGCAUCGAUCGCUGUCGCAAGCUCCUCCUCGGGCAGCAGCAUCACCGUGGCUAUGGUAGCACCACCACCGCAGCUUCGCUCUUCACGAUUCCACGAGAUUGCAAGUACCCUCCUCGAAGCAACGAAGCCUUCGAAGGUUGUGAUCGUCGAUUCGUACAGCCAGGAGCAGCAGCUAUAUCGAGACACGGACUCUGAGUCAGAUUCGGAGAACGAGGCUGCCAUCAAGUACCUUGCGACACCAACCUUCCUGGCCGAGGAGAAGGUCGAUUCGAAGAGAAUGGAGCCAUUGCGUUCGCCCGAGACUGCAAGUGGGCUUGGCGCUGCAUUCCUCUCAAAGGCUGUCAUCAAUGGCGUCCCCGCGAUAUUGACCCUAUUGGAGGACGUAACUUUCCAGUCUCAUGUUCAGCUGUACGGAUCAUUGGGAGCAUCUCGCUUGUCACCGUCAGCUAGCAAGACACUAGCCUCCUUGACCGGUCUCGACAGCAUCGUUGCUUCAUCUGCCGCAAACUCGCCUUCCACAGGAUCAACACUAUCGGACUUUGUAGCUUCGCGACGCGUCAAGCCAGCGGCCAACUUGGCAGUGCUGGGAGACGGCAACAUGUACAUCUGA